AUGACCACUCAGUUUAAAAUAUUAAACGCCACUGAAUUUUGGCAAAAAGAAAACAGUUUUCCUGCAAUACCUACGUUUAGUCAAAGUCUUGAUAAUGUACUUGGAAAUAAAGGAAUCCAAGUAGGAUCUAUAACAGAACUAUUAGGACUUCCAGGCUCAGGAAAAACUCAAUUAUGUUUACAGCUAUGUGCAUCAGUUCAAAUACCAACGGAGCUUGGAGGUUUGGAUGCUGAAGCUCUUUACAUUGACACUAACACUAAUUUUACUGUAAAUAGGUUUAAAGAAAUACUCUCAGCAAGUAUGGAGAAAUGUGGAAACAUAUUAAAUACUGCAAAAAGUAACUGUGAAAGUGAUCAUUUGAAAAGAUUGCACUAUGUGAAUGCAUUUGGUCUGGAAAAAUUUUGCAGUUUGAUAUUCACUUUACCACAAUUAGUUACUGAGAGACCAAAUGUGCGGUUAAUCAUAAUAGAUUCAAUAACAUUCCCAUUCAAAGAUGGUAUUACACUCAAGCAACGAACUGGCGUCUUAUUUAGACUAUCUGCAGUGUUACAAAAGAUUUCUGUAGAAAAUCAAAUUGCAAUAGUAAUAACAAACGAAAUGAGCACUCGAAUAGGUUUGUCAACUGGUUCUCUAGUUGGCGCAUUCGGUGAUGCAUGGGCGCAUAGAUGUAAUAAGCGGGUUUUGCUAUCAGCGCCGAAACCUUUAGAAAAUGAGCGAUUUGCAGCCCUAGUUAAAAGUAAUAACUCACCAGAGGCGGUUGGAAAAUUUCAGAUUACGAUUGAGGGUAUUAGAGAUACCAAUGGAUAA